UGAAUGAGCUGAUUGAAAAGGAAGUCAACUCGGACAGCAUCAUCGGGGCGCAGAUACGGGCGUCCAUGGUCGACGGCCCCGGAUUGAGUCCACCAAUGAUCAUGGAAAUGAUCAAUGCGGCCAUCAACAAACCCAGGUCAGUCAGCCACGGCUACAUUUUGGAUGGACCGCCAACAAAUAGUUCUGAAGUCGGUAACCAGCUGAGGGCACUCUGUUCUCUUCCGAACGGACCGGAGUAUGUAAUUGAGCUCAAGAUAUCCGAUGCUGAAUUACGUGAACGCUGGCAAGCUAGUUGCGUGUACACUACCUACAGUAGCUUGUACAAUGAACUUAAAACUGCAGAAACAGGAUCGAGGUCUUCGGCUAGUAAGCGUAGAACUCAACAUCCUGACUUUCCCAUCGUGGAUGAAAAUAACAAAGAUCGGUUGCUGGUCAAAGUGGAAGAUGUUGAGGAGAAUGUUGACAAAUACCUUGAUUUCUACCAGAGAUAUAUGAGUGAACAGCUGAAGCACUUCAUCAGCACGCAUGAUCCCGCGGCCGUAGUCAAAGUGAACGCAAAUCUUCCUCCUUCAUUCUUACUUCAGUCCGUGGUCACGCGUCUUUCGAUUAUGGCAAAGCAUCCUGGUGUACCUUCCUCACUACUUUUCCGUCGCGCCGACGAUAGUGACGUGGAGGAGUUGAACUCUACUGGCUGUGAGUGCCAAUAUGGAGAUGGGCAAGAUAAAGCUUUGGCGUCAGAUCCCAGAUGUUCGACCCAACAUUCAAAGCAGCAUAGUGGGCCUGUGCCCAACGUCAUUCCACGCAUUCUGAUUGUCGGUAACUCUUGCUCAGGUAAAACCACAUUGGCGAAACGGCUAUGCAAAGAAUGGGGCUGUGUCAUGAUCAACGCAACCGAACUAAUUACGCACCACAUAUGUGCGAAAACGCCGCUGGGUGACCAGAUCCAACAGAUUAUGCGCACCGGGAAAGAUUUGAGUGAUAGCUUGGUGUUGGAUAUGCUGAAAGAUAAGCUGAGUUCUCCGGACUGUGAGCAGUCUGGUUACAUCCUGGAUGACUUCCCAACAUCAAGUGAGAAAGGACUGAAUAUCGGUCAACAAUUGGACAUGCUGCUAAAGUCUGAAGCCCGACCAGAUUACAUUGUGGAUAUACAGAUACCGGAAGCAGAUUUGAAACGACGCUGGGAAUCAGUCCGAAUCGAUAUAUCUGACGGAAUGUUGUAUCCUAAAACUCACUACCGCUUCAGCGAUCCAGCAACACCAAUACAUCCGGUAUUUCCUGCACCAAACGAAAACAUACGGCAACGACUGCUAACUCGACAUGAAGAAAUGAUGGAAAAUAUUGAGAAACAAACAGAAUUCUACUUCAAUCACGUGAGGCCACAAAUCGAUGCGUUUUUGAAGGAGUACAACCCAGAAUGUAUCAUACCUAUCGAUGGGCGUGUUCCUACCGCGGAAAUGUGUCAGACCAUGUAUAAAAAGAUCUCCGAGGCUCUCAUGAAAUCAGCUACAGCCUGAUCACUCCAGCGUGUACAAGAUCAUAUCUACUGGAGAUAUAAGGGCAACUCGACCGCUUUGUUGAAAUCAUAUGAAAUGUCAUCCGGUGAUCAACAACUCCUGGAUGUACCAUCUUCGGAUCUGCCACUCUCGUGCAAAUACCCGCGACUAAUUUGUUACGGACUGAGUGUUCUUUUUACGACCCUUGUGUUUGUAUUGAAUGUGAUGGACAUCUGCACAUUCCACUCAAUUCCCUUCGUACGAGAUAUAUCUGAAAAACUGCAAUCACAAGUGGUAUACUACAAAGCUGGGCUCACUCGAUGAAUUUUUAAUUUCUCUUUUACUUUACUCACUGUCGCCGGUGAGCUCAGUCAUUGUACGUCAGUUUCUGUUACCCAUACGUGUGCAGCUGAUAGCACGCAUUCUAACGGUACUUCUGUACAACGUAAAUACAUUGUUUUCU